AACCCCAAAUGCAAUUGUCAAAUAAAAGUAGCAAGCAGCUGUGGAUAUACGUGUUUUUAUUUAAUAAUAUCUCGAGAAUGUGCGUUUAAUACACGAAAAAUAAAUGUGAAACGCGAAAUCAUCAUGUCGAGCCGUCGUUCGAUACUCGGAUCGGCGCUUGACGCACUGCCUCCGCCCACAGAUCCGUUGCGUGAGUUAUUUGAAGCUUGCAAAACGGGCGAUGCGGUCCGUGUAAAAAAGCUAAUUACACCCCAAACGGUGAAUGCUAGGGACACGGCCGGGCGAAAAUCGACUCCUCUACACUUCGCUGCAGGAUACGGUCGCAGGGAAGUAGUGGAGAUCCUGAUAGCGGGCGGUGCGGCGUUACAGGCGCGCGACGACGGCGGCCUCCAGCCGCUGCACAACGCGUGCUCGUUCGGGCACGCGGACGUGGUGCGCGCGCUGCUGGGGGCGGGGGCCGCGCCCGCCGCGCGCGACAACUGGGGCUACACGCCGCUGCACGAGGCCGCCGCCAAGGGGAAGGUCGAUGUGUGUAUAGCGUUAUUGCAACACGGCGCCGACCCCAACAUACGGAACACGGAGGGCAAGACGCCGCUCGACUUGGCCGACUCCGCUACCAGGCCUGUGUUGACAGGUGAAUACUGCGCAGCGGACGUAUUAGAAGCGGCCCGGUCGGGUGCGGACGACCGCCUCGCGUCCCUGCUCACGCCGCUCAACGUGAACGUCCACGCGAGCGACGGACGCAGGUCCACGCCGCUGCACUUGGCUGCGGGGUACAACAGGGCCAGGGCGGUCAGGCUGCUGCUGCAGAGGGGGGCCGAUGUGCACGCGAAGGAUAAGGGCGGCCUCGUACCCCUCCACAACGCGUGUUCGUACGGCCACUACGAGGUGACGGAGCUGUUGGUCCGCGCGGGGGCUGACGUCAACGCGACCGACCUCUGGGCCUUCACUCCGCUGCAUGAGGCCGCCAGCAAGGCGAGGCUGGAGGUAUGUUCUCUACUCCUGAGUGAAGGCGCGGACCCCACACUCCUGAACUGCCACGGGAAGUCAGCGUUAGACGUCGCCCCGACACGAGAACUACAAGAAAGGCUUGCUUUUGAGUACCGCGGCCACUGUUUGCUAGAAGCAUGUCGACUAGCAGAACCGGCGAGAGUCAAGAAGCAGCUGUCCGCCGUCUCCGGACACCAGCAUCAGCUGUCUGGGCAGAGUCCCCAGCCGGCCAGCAGCAGCAGCAGCGUGGUCCCGGCAGGCAGCGAGGUGGCGGCCGAGGCCCUCGCGAACUUCGCCCACGUCGGCAGCGGGGACAGGCCCCUGCACUGCGCGGCCGCCAGCCUGUACCCCAAGCGGAAACAGGUGAUGGAGAUGCUGAUAAGGAAAGGCGCUCGCGUCAACGAGAAGAACAAAGAUGGUCAGACUCCGUUACACGUGGCCACUGAACAUGCGCACCUAGACGCCAUGGACCUGCUGCUCAGACACGGCGCCAAGGUGAACGCGUGCGACGGUCGCGGGUCGAGCGCGCUGUCGCUGGCGGCGCGGCGCGACUCGGCGGCGGCGUGCCGCCUGCUGCUGGCCUGCGGGGCUCACACCGCGCCCGACGAACUGUACCCGCAGCCAGACGAUGCUUGCGCUAACGCGGCCGCCCUCCGUCUGCUAGAGGCAGCUCGCACAGGUGAUGUGGAGAACGCUCGCAGCAUCCUGGAUGCCAGACCUCGUCUCGUCAACUGCAGGGAUGUUGAUGGCAGGCAUUCAACGCCUUUGCAUUUUGCUGCAGGAUAUAAUCGUCUUCCGCUCGCUCAAUUAUUAUUACAAAGAGGUGCCGAUGUUCACGCGAAAGACAAAGGAGGCCUGGUCCCCCUUCACAACGCGUGUUCGUACGGCCACUACGAGGUGACGGAGCUACUAGUGUCUGCCGGCGCGGGAGUGAACGCGGCCGACCUGUGGAGGUUCACGCCGCUGCACGAGGCCGCCGCCAAGGGGAAGGCCGAUAUAGUCAGGCUGCUGUUGAAGCAUGGCGCGGACCCGACCCGGCGAAACCGCGACGGGCUGACCCCGCUGCAGCUGGUCCGCGCCGGGGACUGCGACACAGCUGACGCCCUCAGGGGGGAUGCUGCGCUGUUGGACGCGGCCAAGCGGGGAGACCUCGCCAGGGCUAGAAAAUUAAUAACACCACAGAACGUCAACUGCCGGGACGCUCACGGCAGGAACUCGACGCCAUUGCAUUUAGCUGCCGGCUACAAUAAUUUAGAAGUAGCGGAAGCUCUCCUAGCGGCCGGGGGCGCGGUCUCGGCCCGGGACAAGGGCGGGCUGGUCCCACUCCACAACGCGGCCUCCUACGGCCAUGUGGAGCUAGCCGCCUUGUUGCUGAGGGCCGGGACUCCGCCCAACGCCCCCGACAGGUGGGGCUUCACGCCCCUACAUGAGGCCGCGCAUAAGGCCCGCACGCAGCUCUGUGCGUUACUGCUGGCCCACGGCGCGGACCCUUACCUGAAAAACCAAGAGGGUCAGACAGCCCUCGAUCUCGCCGGAGCAGAGGACGUCCGCUGCCUGCUGCAGGACGCGAUGACGUCAGCGGCGGGUGAAGUAGCCCCCGCGCCCCCCGCGCCCCCGCUCCCGCCCCCGCAGCAACCUGUACUCAUGCCCAGUGGGGAUACUGUGCCUCUGGCUUUACCGGUGGUCCCCUCGACGUAUUGGGCGGAGGGGUCCCGAGGCAGCUUGGAGGACGCCGCCGGGAGACCAGCGUCAGCUCUCUCCACCUCAGAGUCACUGCAGACCUUCCUGUCUAGCAUCGGCCUAGAACAAUUAACAACAGUAUUAGAACGUGAACAAAUAACCGUAGACAUUCUCUCGGAGAUGUCGCACGAGGACCUACGAGCUAUCGGCGUAGCGGCCUACGGACACAGGCACAGGCUGCUGAAGGCUGCGCGGCAUUCACUGCAGGCGGCUACUGAGUGGUACGGCGGCACGACCCUGGUGGAAGUGGUCCCGGUGGCGGGCGCGGAGUGCUCCGACAGCGAGUACGGCAUCGUGGAGAGAGAGAUGCAGGCCUCCGUCCGCGCGCACAGGGACCACGCCGGGGGGAACUUCACGCACUACAACGUCGUCAGGAUACAGAAGCUAGUGAACGGGCGGCUGUGGGAGCGCUACCAGCACCGCCGCCGCGAGGUGUGCGAGGAGGCGGGCGCGCACAACGAGAGGAUGCUGUUCCACGGCUCGCCCUUCAUCAACGCCAUCGUGCAGAAGGGCUUCGAUGAACGACAUGCAUAUAUAGGCGGUAUGUUUGGCGCUGGUAUAUACUUCGCCGAACACUCGUCGAAGAGUAAUCAGUACGUGUACGGCUUCGGCGGCGGUUCAGGCUGUCCCGCUCACAAGGACCGCAGCUGUUAUCUGUGCCACAGACAAAUGCUCCUCUGCCGCGUGACCCUCGGACGCGCCUUCCAAGUCCUGAGCGCGAUGAAGAUGGCUCACGCGCCCCCCGGUCACCACUCCGUGGCGGGGAGGCCGUCGCAGGGCGGCCUCUGCUACCCGGAGUACGUCGUGUAUAGAGGCGAACAGGCUUACCCAGAAUAUCUGAUAACCUACCAAAUUGUAUGUUCUGAAAGCAACUCUGGCGCCGUGUGAAACUGACAAUCGGUGAUAAGUGAAUUCUGUGCGCGCCUGUGUCAAAAGCCAAGCGGUGAUUAGUUGAUCGAAUGAUCACCGAGUGACUUAACAAUGAAGUGAAGUGCUAAAUGGUGAUUAUGUGCGAAUAAUGUUUUUUGGAUUUUUUUUUUAUUAUGUAAUAAUAAUAAUAAUUGUAUUUUU